UGGAGGAGCAGACGCGCAGAUGACCAAUGCCAUGGAGGCCCUGGAGCAGGAGAAGUACUCCCUGCAGAGGGAGGUGGAGCUGAAGGGCCGCAUGCUGGAGAGCCUGAGGUCGGAGUGUGAAGCCGUCAAGGGCCAGCAGAAGCUCCUGUGGGAGCAGCAGGAGGCGCAGCUGGAGAGGAGGCACACUGUAGAGCUCAACGAUUUCAGGAACAAGACGGAGAGGAUGAAGGUGGAGCUGGAGGAGGCGCGGCUCAGCGAGAAGCAGCUGAGGCACAAGCUGGACGUGCAGGCCGAGAGCCUGAGGGAGAAGGCGGAGGAGCUGCGGGCGCUCACUGAGCGCGCUCACGAGACCAUGUCCACCGAGAUGCUGGAGCUGCAGGUGGAGAGGGCCGAGCUGGAGUCCGCAAAGGAUGCUUUGCAGCAGGCCCUCCAGGAGGCGCACUACAAAGAGCAGCAGCUGCAGCUGUCCAACGCCAACCUCCUUCGCCAGCUGGAGCGCCUGCGGGACGAGAAGGAGGAGCGCGAGAAGGAGGCGGUGUCCUACUUCAACGCCCUGGAGAAAUCCCGCGAAGCCAACCAGAUGCUGCAGAUUCAGCUGGACCAGGCGACGCAGCUGGCACAGGAUCCCAACAGCCGGGGCAACUCUCUCUUCUCAGAGCUGGAGGACAAGCGAGCGGAGAUGGAGCGGCAGCUCAUCAGCAUGAAGGUGCAGCACCAGUCUCUGCAGAAACAGCACGCCUUCUCCAAGCAGCAGCUGCACCGCAUGAAGGUGCAGAUCGCCACGCUGAUGCAGCUGCAGGGCUCCAGGGCGGACCCGGGCCAACUGGAGAGGCUGCAGUCCAUGCUGUCGGAGAAGAACAGCGAGAUGGAGGCUCUCAUGAUCAAACUGCGCCGCCUGGAGAAGGUGGAGAUGAUGGUGAAGACUCAGCCAUCUUCUGCACCGCCGGUGGAAGCAGACAGCAACGAUGGGACCUACUAUACUGACCUUCUUAAAAUGCAGCUGUCAAACUCUGUAAAGGACGCAGAGCGGCUCGGGGACGAGCUGGCCCUGCAGCGGAUUAAGGCCCUGUCCGAGAGCCAGAGGGUGCUGGAGAUGGAGAGGAAGCUGUUCAGCGCAGAGCGGACGCUCAAGCACUGCCAGAGCGACAACAUCAAGCUGCAGGUCAAACUGGACGAGCUUCGCCUGAAAUACGAGCCCAACGACGUGAAUAAGACUCGUAUACAGAAGCGCAGACGUGAGAAGCUCCUGGUGGAUGUCCUUCCCAUUGGCUCAGAGCCGAAGGAAGAGGAGACCAAGACUGUGGAGAUGGACCCUUCUGAUUGGCUGAAAGAGGAGCCCGAAACGGAACCCCGCCCCCACGCUGCGGAGCGGCUCCCCGCGGCCCCCCCGCAGCCUGCCCCGCCCCCGGAGCCCAGCCCCCAGCUGCCCCGCGACAGCAAGUGCGUGCGCAUUUGCGAGGACCCCCCCGUCACCAUACCUAGCCCCCCAAGGUCUCCCCCAGUCGACUGCAAAAUCAAGACAGAGGAGGCGGAGGUGACGGUGGUUAUGGGAAAUGAGAACAGGAGAGCCGAGCGGAAAAAGCAAGUAAAAUCCCAGGGGGCCAUUCACGUGGCCUCCGAGCGCACCAUGGAGAACCAGUGCUCUCAGCAGUAGUGCCAGGCGUCCAUCGGUGACGUGCGUUGCUCUCUCUCUCUCUGUCCCUGCCAGGGACCACCAUCUUACCACAGGCCUUGGUGUUUUCUGUUUUGUGUGUUUUUAAAAAAAUAUAAGGUCUGAAAAGCACCAGUCUUUAUUUAUUUUUUAAUUUUUUUUUCUUUUGUCUAUUUGUGUAUUUAAUUUUCUGAGUCUUGUAACUUUAUAAUUAUAUGCUUAUAUUCGUUUGUAUGUCUAUUCGGGAUAAAGUUUUGAUUAAUAAAGACUUGACUAUAUAUAGUGCA